CACACCAAACCACCUCCUCCAAGGGAGGUCGGGGGGGACUGCAGCAGAGAGAUGAAGGGAUAGCGAGAGAGAAAGAGAAAGCUGCCCAUGCGACGGCCGGGAGCGUCUGCGAGCUGGAUCGGGUGGAGGAUGCUGCGGCAGGUCAUUCGCAGAGGGCUCCAGUCGUUCUGCCACAGGCUGGGCUUGUGCGUGAGCCGGCACCCCGUCUUCUUCCUCACCGUGCCUGCAGUCCUGACCAUUAUCUUCGGCUUCAGCGUGCUCAACCGCUUCCAGCCCGAGAGCGACCUGGAGCGGUUGGUCGCUCCCAGCCACAGCUUGGCGAAGAUCGAGCGGAGCCUGGCGGGGAGCCUCUUCCCCCUGGACCAGUCCAAAAGCCAGCUGUAUUCGGACUUGCACACCCCUGGGAGGUAUGGCAGGGUAAUCCUCCUCUCCCCACCCGGACACAAUAUUUUGCUCCAGGCUGAGGGGAUCCUGCAGACCCACCGAGCCGUGCUGGAAAUGAAGGAUGGGAGGAGCACCUUUAUUGGACACCAACUGGGUGGUGUCGAUGUGCCCAACAGCAAAGACCAGCGGGUCAAGUCAGCCAGAGCCAUUCAAAUCACCUACUACCUCCAGACCUAUGGCUCUGCCACUCAAGACCUUAUUGGGGAAAAGUGGGAGAGUGAGUUCUGCAAACUGAUGAGGAAACUGCAAGAGGAGCACCAGGACUUCCAGCUGUUCUCUCUAGCAUCCUUUAGCCUCUGGAGAGACUUUCAUAAGACCAGCAUCCUGGCCAGGAGCAAGAUCCUGGUGAGCCUCAUGCUGAUCUUGACCACAGCCACCCUCUCCAGCUCAAUGAAAGACUGCCUUCGGAGCAAGCCUUUUCUGGGCCUCUUGGGUGUGCUGACAGUUUGCAUCUCCAGCGUAACCGCGGCAGGGAUAUUCUUCAUCACUGAUGGAAAAUACAAUUCCACCCUCCUGGGCAUCCCUUUCUUCGCAAUGGGUCAUGGAACAAAGGGAGUAUUUGAGCUUCUAUCAGGAUGGCGGAGAACCAGAGAGAACCUGCCCUUCAAAGACAGGGUUGCUGAUGCCUAUUCUGAUGUGAUGGUUACCUACACCAUGACCAGCUCCUUGUACUUCGUUACGUUUGGUAUGGGUGCCAGCCCUUUUACCAACAUUGAGGCAGUGAAGGUCUUCUGUCAGAACAUGUGUGUCUCUAUCCUAUUGAACUACUUCUACAUUUUCUCUUUCUUUGGCUCCUGCCUGGUCUUUGCUGGCCAACUAGAGCAGAACCGUUACCAUAGCAUCUUCUGCUGCAAAAUUCCUUCUGCAGAAUACCUAGAUCGUAAGCCUGUCUGGUUCCAGACCGUGAUGAGUGAUGGUCAUCAACAAACUUCUCAUCAUGAGACCAACCCUUACCAGAACCACUUCAUUCAGCAUUUUCUUCGGGAACAUUACAAUGAAUGGAUCACAAACAUCUAUGUGAAGCCAUUUGUUGUUAUCCUCUAUCUCAUCUAUGCUUCCUUUUCCUUUAUGGGCUGUUUGCAGAUCAGCGAUGGGGCUAAUAUCAUCAGCCUGCUUGCCAGUGAUUCCCCAAGCGUCUCCUAUGCCAUCCUACAGCAAGAAUACUUUAGCAAUUACAGUCCAGUGAUUGGAUUCUAUGUAUAUGAGCCCCUUGAGUACUGGAACGGCACCGUGCAGGAAGACUUAAGAAGGCUGUGUAGUGGCUUCACUGCAGUGUCUUGGGUUGAACAGUAUUACCAGUUCCUGAAAGUCAGCAACAUCAGUGCAAGUAACAAGAGUGACUUCAUCAGUGUCCUGCAAAACUCCUUUUUAAAAAAGCCAGAGUUCCAGCACUUCCGAAAUGAUAUCAUUUUCUCCAAGGCAGGAGAUGAAAGCAAUAUCAUUGCUUCUCGCUUGUAUCUGGUGGCCAGAACUAGCAGAGACAAGCAGAAGGAAGUAAUACAAGUACUCGAUAAACUUAGGCCCCUGUCUCUGGCAAAGAGCAUUCGGUUCAUUGUGUUCAAUCCAUCCUUUGUUUUCAUGGAUCACUAUGGCUUGUCUGUCACCAUGCCUGUCCUGAUUGCUGGCUUUGGAGUCCUACUGAUGUUAAUUUUAACUUUCUUCUUAGUGAUCCACCCUCUGGGAAACUUCUGGCUAAUUCUCAGUGUCACCUCAAUAGAGCUGGGUGUUCUGGGCUUGAUGACGCUGUGGAACGUAGACAUGGAUUGCAUUUCUAUCUUGUGCCUUAUCUACACUUUAAAUUUUUCCAUUGAUCACUGUGCACCCCUGCUUUACACAUUUGUAUUAGCAACUGAGCACACCCGAACUCAGUGUAUCAAAAGCUCCCUACAAGAGCACGGGACAGCCAUUUUGCAAAAUGUUACUUCUUUUAUUAUUGGGUUGGUCCCCCUCCUGUUUGUGCCUUCGAACUUGACCUUCACACUGUUCAAAUGCUUGCUGCUCACCGGGAGUUGCACGCUUCUGCACUGUUUUGUUAUCUUACCUGUUUUCCUAACUUUCUUCCCCCCCUCCAAAAAGCACCACAAGAAAAAGAAACGUGCUAAACGAAAGGAGAGGGAGGAAAUCGAGUGCAUAGAAAUCCAAGAGAAUCCUGAUCAUGUCACAACUGUCUGAGAGGCUUAGACAAACCGAAUUACCUUUUUUUUCCCCAAAUGUCGCACAGAGAUGCAGGGAAGCUCAGACCUCAGCUGCUUGGGCUGGCCAAAUGUAACAAGGCAAGCCAGAUUCAGAGUGGAUUAUUCACAACACAUCAAAGUGCCAGUUUUUUUCUGGGGAGGGAGGAAAUAAGAGUUGGGUUUUCUGUUUGUUUUUUUUCAGAAGAGAAGUUCUCUUUGGAACCUUGGUCUUCACUAGUUUUGGGAAGCAUUUGUGAAGCUCUGCAAGAGAAUCUGUGAAUUAGUAAUAUAUUAAGAUGGAAGGUCAAAAAAAAUGUUAUUUUUGAAGAUAAAAGACUUACAAGUGCUGGUGGUGGGGAAAGAGCACCCUAAAGGGGAAGGGGGAAAAAUGAAGGAAUUAUCAAAUUUGCCAUGGCACUUUUCAUAUUUGUGUUUUGAACAGAUUGGUCAAAGGAAACCUAUGCAUUUGGGAAGUAGAUACUUAAACAAGUCUAAACCAAAGGACUUCCCAAUUCAUUUUCUGUGUAUGUGUAUAUAUAUAUAUGUUUAUAUGUAUAUACAUGAUAUAUACAUAUACAUGUAUUUGUAUUUAAUAUAUAUUGUGAUCCAUGCAGAAGAAAGUGUCCAUUUGCAGACAUACUGACCUUUUCUGCAACUGUCCACUUUGGCCCUGCCCAAGUACAGAAAAUCAGGGCCAUUCAAAAUCAGCUGAAAGGUUAAU